GGCAGUACACGCCAUACACAGUUCAGAGAGUCUUAAACCUAAAAGAAGAAGAGGAUGCCGUCAAUAAGAGAUUUGUGUAUGUUAGAAAAUCGUUUGUUUAGUUGGUUAUAGCUCUGAAACAUGGAGAUUUGGCAGAAUGCCGAGGCUGAAACUCUCAAGUAUAAGCCGGGGGGUCGUUUGGACAUGAAUCAUGGUUUCCUGCACCACAUUCGGAGAAACCAAAUCGCCAGGGAUGAUUAUGACAAAGAGGUGAAACAGGCGAAGGAACGGCAGAAACGCAGACACACAGCGACCCCGCGGCGCCCACGAAGACCAGACCGAGAGGUGUACCAUCCUCGCCAUCGAAAUGGCUCUGAGCCCGGGGCUGGUGUGGAAAUUGAAGAAUGGAACGAGAGCAGCUCCAGUACAGAGCAAGAGAGCACAGGAAGCAAACUGUUCUGGCUUGACUACCAAGCCGACAACGGCCAUGUAACAUCAUUCAUUGUAUACAAGGAGGAUGAUCCAGAGAGUGUGGUUGAACGUGUGGAGGAAAAGAACGUUUUAGACUCGGCUAUGAGGACGGUGCUGUUGGCACGAAUCGGACAAGAAAUCGAUAAGCGUCGUGACAAACGCUGAGGUUUUAAAGGGAAGCCAUGAUGGAUUGGAAUAAAGACUGGUAAAGUCUGAGGAGCAUUCACACCACUGAGCGUGACUUGUGUUGAUGGUGCAGUUGAGUAGGAUAGCACUGAGAUUGCAGCAUUAGAUGUUUCAUGCUGCCAUUAUUCAGCCUGCCGUGAGACAGCCUCUCACUUUGGAUGUGUUUAUGCUCAAAUCCAAAGAGAAAAUGAAAUUAUACAAUGAAAAUGGGCACCUCUGUCUGUAAUGUAGAGAUAAUCUCAUGUCUUACAUGAGAUGAGUUGUGAUGGGAAACACUCUCAAAACAGUCAGUGGUUGGCAGAAAGGAUCUCCGGGCAAAAAUGAAACCUCACUAGCACUCCAAAAAGCAGUCUCAUCUCAACCAAUUGAGGGCCUGCAGAAUGAGUAUGAAACCUUGUUCUUAUGCAGUUAAUCAUCAUGACUGAAAAUAACUGGAUAUAUACAACAUUUUGUACAAUUUAUUGGACACAACAGGGGACAGUCUAUGUUUGAAGUAAUGUCUAGAUCAGUAUCAGAUGCAAAAAAAGGAAUCUAAUGGUUUUUAAAUAACAGUAGUUACAGGUCUAAACUCAUGAAGCUGUCAUGUAGUGAAUACAAUUUCUCACCAUAGAAGAAUAGUUCAGCAGAAAAGGAAAUAGACACAGUUUUCCCCUUGCCCCUAAUGCAAUCUAUCAGCCAAGACAUGUUUCAUGUCAGAAGUUUCUUUCUUUAGCUUUAUGAUGCUGGUGAGGUGAGAUUCAACAAGCCUCAUAGCUUCAGUGCAGAAUUACAGAGGAAAAGGAAAAAAUGUGUAGACUUUUUUGAUGAACUAUUGCUUUAAUGUUCCAAAAAAUAACUGUCUUACGUCAGAAAAAAUAUAAAAUGGUUGGGAGGCCUGAUCAGUCCAUUGUAAUUGUAUGGAUGAUAUUUGUUUCACUAAAGAUAUCACUUUAGUUUAAUGGUGAGUUUAAUGGGAAUAAAUUUGACUGGACAACUUCGAUAGCAUAAUACUUUUUCUUUUUCAUCAUGUCUUCUUUUGGCUGUAUGAAGAGUUUUUUUUUAUUUUUGUAACCAUGUUCUCUGUACAAAAAAGACAUAAAGGAUGCUGAAGAAUCA